CGCCGCUGUGCCCCGGUGCCUCAGAUCCGGGACGCCCCGCUGUCCCCCGUGCUACCCCAGUGAGGGUCACGGUCGGCCCCGUACCCGCCGCUGGCCUCGCCCCCUCCGAGAGGGAAGUGCGGCGAGCAGGGUGACGCCGGGCAGCAGGGCGACUUGUGUCCUCCCCGCACAGCACACAAGACCACCCAUCAGCAGCCCCAGGUUCAUCCCGCAUCUUCCUGUCCCUGGUGGGUGACCCUAAUAACCGGGUCGGAUGCCCUUCCAGCGCUUGCCUUCCCAGGCCACCUCUUGAGUUAAGCAAGUUCUGGAACCGUCGCAAUGAGGAAACUUUUUUUUUUGGUCCUGAGACUCUUGUCAAGGGCAUGGAGUGACAGCCUCUGAGGCCUUUGGGGGCAAGAGUAAGAACCUCAGGGGUGUCGCGUUUACUGAACUGGCAUCAGGAAAGCCUAUUUUAAAAAAAUACUAGUGCGAGUGUUUUUUAUCGCCUCAGUCCUACAGGAUGUUUGCAAUCACAGUUCAACAUGUUGCACACUUUCUUUCUUUUUGUUUAAUAACUCGAGACGGGGGUGGGGGGGAACUUAAAUGAAUGUAUGUUGAACUACCAAGACUCUUUGGCUUAAAAGUCGUAGGAGACCGUACAGAGUUAGUGAUAGUGAGUAUGUGUUGGGUUGGAUCAUGGACUUUACAAAUUCUGUUUGACAGUAUUUUAAAAUUAAAAUAUUGUUCCUCAGUGAAAAACACAUGAAGUCUUUUUUCUUAGCAUUCAGAGAAGUCGUGGAGGUGGCUUUUAUUUUGUCAUUUAAAAUGUCACCUUUCGUAUUUCUUCUUUAGUGUCAAGUGUCUUCUACAUAAAAGACAUUGUCAAAAUUGAGGCACAGUGCCCGAUGUUUUGAGUGAUUAAGGAGUCACCCUGUUUUAUCUGGGACUUUAAGAUUGUAGGUCUUUUCAGGUUGUUAUGUGGCUUUUUUUUUUAAGUGGGUUUUGUUGUUGUUCAGGAAGUACAUAAAACAAACCCCUUCAUGUCUUCCCUCCUCCUCUUUCAGGAUUUCAAAUGGGAAAAACUGGAGAGGGGUGCAUUGUAGGGCAGUGAGGGGAGGCGGCUAGGCCAAGAGCUCACAGUCCAUGGCUCUGCAGUUAAACUGUAAAAGACGGUUGUAUUUAGUCUGCCUUAAUGUUUAGCACAAAACUAAUUAAGGUCUCUUCGAAGGCUGUAAACUGUACCUUGCUAGUCCAUAAUUGAAGGUACCUUUGUAUCCUGAUGCAGUUGAACUUAAAGAAUUAUGUAAUGAAUAGACUCAAGUAUUCACUGAAGGUAUGAGAGUACUGGUAGAUGCCCGAGAGAAGCUUCAUAUUCCCUGGGGAGAUAACAAAAACCAGCUCCAUGGAGACAAGCUGAUGGCAUUUGAUACCCGGGCCCCCAUGGCUGCUCAGGGGAUGGUGGAAACUCGAGUAUUUUUGCAGUAUCUUCCUGCUAUAAAAGCCUUGUGGGAUGACAGUGGUAUACAGAAUGCUUAUGACCGGCGCCGGGAAUUCCAACUGGGUGAGUCUGUGAAGUAUUUCCUGGAUAACUUGGAUAAACUUGGAGUACCAGAUUACAUUCCAUCACAACAAGAUAUUCUGCUUGCCAGGAGACCCACCAAAGGCAUCCAUGAGUACGACUUUGAAAUUAAAAAUGUUCCUUUCAAAAUGGUUGAUGUAGGUGGCCAGAGAUCAGAACGGAAACGUUGGUUUGAAUGCUUUGACAGUGUGACAUCAAUACUUUUCCUUGUGUCUUCAAGUGAAUUUGACCAGGUGCUUAUGGAGGAUCGCCUGACCAAUCGCCUUACAGAAUCUCUGAACAUUUUUGAAACAAUUGUCAAUAACCGGGUUUUCAGCAAUGUGUCUAUAAUCCUCUUCUUAAACAAGACAGACUUGCUUGAAGAGAAAGUGCAAGUUGUAAGCAUCAAAGACUACUUCCUAGAAUUUGAAGGGGACCCACACUGCUUAAGAGACGUCCAAAAGUUUCUGGUGGAAUGCUUCCGUGGCAAACGCCGGGACCAGCAGCAGAGGCCACUGUACCACCACUUCACCACCGCCAUCAACACAGAGAACAUCCGCCUCGUGUUCCGCGACGUGAAGGACACAAUCCUCCACGACAACCUCAAGCAGCUCAUGCUCCAGUGAUGACAAGACUUGCUCUUUUAAUACCUUGUUGUGGUUUUGAUUGUUUUCUGUUUGUCUUGGGUUUUGUUUCUUUUUUAAAAUAGCAGUUUACAACAGCAGUUAGAGAAAUCUCAAUUCUGUGUCUAACUUCUUGGAAAUCUUAGUCCUUCUGUGGCCUUUAGUUUGUGGCUGAAAGCUGCUGAAUUAACACAUUGCCAAUGUCUGCUGGAAUUCAGGCUUUGAUGGGUUUUACUAUGGCUUCCAUUCAAGUCCAGUUGUAAUUUCCUGCCCAGCCUCACACUAGGUGUAUUUCAGGCUUUGAAUUCUUCUGCUUGCAAACUGAAUUCUCCUGCAGUGCCAAGAAUAGGCAGUAUCCUUAACUACUUGUAGGGACGAGAUUAGGAACGUUCGGCUCUAAGAUGAGACCCAAGAGAGAGUGCCUUACACAGCAGUGUCAUGCCUAGCUCGAGUGAGCCCCUGUCCUAAAAUGGCUGUUAGGGAAAGUUCAGUCUGAGGAUCAGCAGUCUAGAUCUUCAGAGGCUUAGCCUUCCUGUGUUUGUAAUUGCUUACACACGCAGAAUGGUUUUCUUCUCAGUUUCUUUAGUUCCUGAAGAUCGUGUCUUAGUGUUUAAGUUUACAGUGUGGAUUUGGGCCUAAUGCUGAUGUGUUCACAAAUGGUACAUGUUCGGUGUUGAUCUAAAAUACCCAGUGGCGUGCAGUUUGCCUUUUCCAUAUCUAAGCAUCAGUAACUUAAUGUGCCCUGUUAGAAACGUCUUGGCCAUAACAACGGCUAGAAAGGGCGAGCCCCUUGGUAACAGCAGUCAACAUGGCUGUUCCUGAGUGCCACAUGUGACUUGUUGGUCCUGUCUCAGUUGGUGUCACGCCUCCUGGAGGGAAUCACUGUUGAGUCGUCUUUCUUUCGCCCUCCUGUCUUAAUCUCAGCAACUCUGAACUCUAGCAUUUAGGGGGUUCUUUUGUCACCAAGAGCUUGGCGGGCAGUGUUUUCCUGUGAAAUAUUCAAGAAGACAUCCUUUGAGUAUUCUGUUCAUGCUUAGUGUCCCUGUAGACACAGUUUGUAUGUGUUGGUGCUGUAGUGUGUGAGGUGACAGCUUUAUUGAGGGACAGUUGAAUGUCUAAAGAAUGCAUCUAAGGAUAAGUUGUUCUUUUGGUCCAUACCUAGUAGGUUUGCCACACACACACACACACACACACACACACACACACACACACACACACCACUGCUAGGUUAAACCAUGCCCGUAAAGUAGCUUUGUGAUUAGCUAUACCCAUAGUGACUGGUGUACUAAAGCAUUUGUCACGUUCCAGCUGGCUGUGAGUUUGCAGAGCCUGAGCACACCCCUGCUUUCCAUGGAGAAUGCAUGAGGACUGUGAUGCCUGUCAUUUUUACUGUGUGACUGUUCUCAGGCAAGAAUCAGGCUCCGAAAGGUUGGUCAGCUUUGUGGCUCACAGGCAGUGGUGUUCCUUAUUCCUUGCUGGCAGCUGUGAGAGCUGAGCCUCUUAGUGUGCUCAGAGGGGUGUGUUCUUCAGAGACCUGACUUGUCUUUGUGUUUCUAAAUUCCAGUGUUUUCUUGCCUUUGGUAAUACAUGAGCUUAAGACAUGUAGUCCAGUAUCACAGUGCAAGGGUUGUUACCAUAAUUUAUGUAUAUUUGAAUGGUUCUACAUCUAGUCCUUUUUGCGAAAAAGAAUAAGUUGUUAAAAUAUAUGGGGUUAGCAUAACUCCAGUGCUGAUGAGCAUUUGAACAUGUGCACAGUAACACUUGGUUUGCUCUAUGUUCAUUUAGCAAACAUUUUUGUAUAUUGGCCAAAACUAACUGCAGUGAAAAUAGAAGUGAGUCCCUUCAGAGAGCAGUUUAUGUCCAGUUACACUUAAGCUCUGUGGUGAGAACAGAAACAUUGCCUGACAGAGCAGAAUCCCUGACUUCCUCCAUUGUGACUAUUACCAAGAAAUGACAAGAGCACCCACCUAGACACAGCAUCCUUCUGGGCAUCUGCAGCUCCUUCUGAUGCAUGCAGAAUCUCAGAACCAAAUGCAGUCUAGAUACAUUCUGAAGCAAUGGAUUACUUACUUGCAGUUUAUACAGGAUUGUUUAGAAUUCAAAGAACUGUGAGGCUCAGCCAGAAAGUUCUAGUCCAUGUUUGGAAGGAAUCUGACACCUGCAUCCUGAAACUCAUGUCCUUUUGUGAAUUGAAAUAUCGUCGUCGUGUGAAGAGGAAGGUGAAAUGUAGCCCACAGAAUUGCAAAGGUGUUCUACCCUGCCUGUGCUGGCUCCCCAGUCCCUAGAGUGUAACUGGAGUUGAGGCUCCCUGGGACAUCGGACUUUGCGGGAAUGACCCGUGCCUAACUCCAAAUCUCUCUGUUCUGAAAUCCUGCAUCCUUGCUACAUACCAACAAAUGAUCACACAAGUGUCUUGGUUGACUUUGAAAUUUUUUAUAUUUUACAGUGUUGCCUUAUAAAUGAAAGAACACCACAAAUUUAGACCUUAAUUUUUUUGAAAUGGGGAAAGGGCUUUGUUCCAUGGUUUCUUAUGAUCUUAUUUCAAGGUAUGUUUCUGCCUCUUAAAUAUUUUAAUGUCCUGAAAUGUUGCUUUCUGCCAAAUGCUGUCUGUAUUAAAUUGAAGCCUCCCUUUCCGUUUUUUCUGUCUGGGAAGGGUACUUGAUAGCCAGAGGGCAGCUGCAGCCAGACAAGACAGGGUGUCCCGAAGAGGAGCCCAUCGCAGCGCAUUGGUGGGUGCUGCACCCCUGAGGGGCCUCUGGACCUUCUCAAGCCCAGGCUCUACAGGGAAAUAAAUGCUUGUUCGGUUGGUGGUGGAGGCUUUGAAUUAGAGAAAGUAUCCACAUUGGUGCCAGAAGUGACCAGAAGUAUUGUUAGAUGCAGCAAAAAGCAUGUGCCCUCUAAGUAAACCACCUUCCAGUGUAGGCUUCCGAACACUUGGGCUGAUGGGAUGUAUUUCUCAGCAUUGGUAUUCACAUCCGGUUAUACCUCGUUUAUAUGAAGAAUAAAAUGCCCAAGUUACGCGCUUAUAUCCUGAAACUCAAGCUAUUUGGAAAUCCCUCAAAUUGGUGCUUUCAUUAUUUAAUGAUACAUUUCGGCAAAACCCCAAACAAACCAUUUGGAACGUGACUCCGAGUUGCGAUUUGUAGUGAUGUUAUUUUUCUCAUUUGAGAAGACCCAAGUGUCAGUGUUAAUCUGAAUUUCCUGUAUGAACCCAUGCACCUACCUGUAAAGCCCAGUCAAAUAUUUGUAACAAAUUCCCAAAUAAACCUAGAGAAAGCCGCUCUGUUACCUUUUCAUUUCUUUUAAUUUUCUUUGAAAGAGGGAGAGUAAAGUUUUGCAGGUCCUUUCAUUUGGAAAUCGGCCUCUGGUUGUACAUCUCCUUCCUGUGGUUUCAGCACAUUAAACUCCAUGAGCCAAAUGAUCUUUGUGUUACGCUGCUGGAAUGAAAGCACUUUCUACUUUUUGUUCUUUUUCUUUAAAGCUGGGAUGGCUUUUCAGUUUAGAAAGCACGAGGCACAUGAUGCCUAUUUUCUUAUGGUACGAGGUUAGGGCUUAAUCAGUUUACACUAGAGACUGAAUUCUGUGUUCAAACCUGAUGAUGGCUUUUCGGGUACCAUCAGCUAGAUACUGCUAGCUUUGCCCGGCAGGUGCUUGCUAGAUUCAUCAGAGCAGUGUUUGGCCACUAGCCUUCUUCUGCCCGCCUGAAUGUAGAUGAGCAUUGGAACGGACUGUUCAUCCCUGUAUGUAGCAUUCCGGUCUAACCCUCAUUUUGAGUGCCAGAGACGGCUCAGAGCAUUGUUUGCAUUUGUUUGUCUGUAGAGUUGUGUGCUUUUGAGAUGUGGCCUCCCUGUGUAUCCUGGGCUGAUGGCAUUUGAGAUCCUCAUGGCUCAGCUUCCCCACUGCAGAGACUGCCACCUGCCUUUUCAAGCACUAGGAUGUGGCAGUGUUUUGUGGGCUAUAAAGUGACUUUUGUGACCUUUGCUGUGUUGAUAAUGUUGACAUUUCCAGAUGGAUUGAAUAUACCUGAAUCCAAGAAGCAUAAAAUUUCAACCCUUGACAAUCACUGAUCAUAAUAAACCACCUUCUUGGUAUAUACUUCUGAUUUACAGAAACAACACUGCUAAAAUGAGUGGUGAUUUUGACAUUAGCCAUGCCUGUGUGAUGGUACCAGGAGUGACAGGGAGGAAGGGAAGGAGGCAAUGUGUUCUUGUUGGGUGCGUAUAGUACUGAAGCAGACUAUACUGUGUACCCUCUCUUUACCUCUCUCUUACUUGAAAGCAGAAUCGCAAAAUAUCCUAGAUGGCUUUUCUCUAUUAGGUGUGAGCUCACAGGGCACAAGAAGCCUUAUCCGAAGCACUCAGUGCAACCUCACAGAUACUGUCCCUAACGAGACAUGGUUUGUUUAUAUUACCCUGUAGAAGUAUUUGUGGCUUAGAUUUUUUUUUUUUUACAUACAUCUUUUUAUAACUUUCCAGGAACUAAGCACAUUAUCUGAUACUGUUGUAAAUUUUUCCUUGGCCAGUGCUUUGGUUCCAGGCUAGCAGUAAAUUAUUUCUACAGGAGGUCGAAGAUUGGGAGGAAGGGUUUCAGUUUGUUCAGCGAGUUGCUAGUCAUUAAGGCUUUUUACUUUUGUACAUAUUUUGCAAAAUUUGUCUCUUGACUAUUAAUAUUUGCUUUGUAAAAAUUACUGACAUUUAAUAAACAUUUAUAAACGA